AUGUCUGGCAAAUAUGUCUUCUCCAAGGGCCUGAAGGAGCUCCGCUUCCUCUUCUGCCAGUCCUCCGAGCAGAGCGCUGCUACAAGAGCUUUCAUCAACCGCGCCUACCCUACCAUGAAGAAGCACAACCCGCACACCCCCAUCAUGAUCCGCGAGGCUGCCGGCACCGAGCCCCGAGUCUUUGCCCGAUACGCCCUGGGCAAGGAGACUCAAGAAGCUCUCUCGGGUCUUUCCGACUCGCAGAUUGAGGAGCGCAUCACGAAUCUGGUGAAGCAGGCUUCAUAA